UCAGAAGUCAAAUAGGAGACAAGGCGGCCUGGCCCUUCCCCGGAUCUCGCUCAGCCAAAAUAGCCCUUCCAGCCGGCGCGUUUGCUGAGGAACGUGUCUUUGUCCAUCCUUUUCCAUUGGCCGGCCCGGCUCUCAGACCCCUUCGACGUCACUCUCCUCCUACCCUGCUUAGCCUGCUUAGCCUGCUUAGCUAUCCCACGAGCCGUCCUGGAACCACUUCAACUUCGACCACGGGCUUGCGUUAGAUUCAUCCUCACCGCAUCGCUGUUAUUUAGUGGUCACUUAGUGUGUGUACUCUCAAAAAUAGCAUUCAUUUAUUUCAUUUGUUCUGCAACUCUGUCUGGACUUCCACCGUCAACUGGGUUGAUCUGAUCGACUGCUCCUCCCGAGAAUUGCUUGGACGACCAUCACAACAUCACUACUGCAGGGUCAUAUUUGCCUGAGUACCCAUUUUCAAGCCGAGACUCCUUCUCACAAUCAAAAUGCAGACUCUCGAUUCCCUGUGAACUUCACCCUUCGCCGAGCUUCACGGCCAGCUCGUCGGCGGCCCCCCAUCAGAGCAACAGAUUGCCACAUAUCUCGACGUCAGUAGUGGCCGCCUCGACCCAUAAUUUCCCUCAAUUAAAACCUGGCAAUCAGCCUGGCCUACAACUAUCUCCCACUCGACUCGCCCCAACGCCAGACAUUUAAUCCUCCACGGCAUUCCCUUACCGGCACACCACUCGACCUUGACUAGUCUGCCGGCAACAUGAAGUUUGGAAAGAACUUGCCACGUAAUCAGGUGCCCGAGUGGGCGUCUAGUUACAUCGACUACAAGGGCCUGAAGAAGCUCAUCAAGGCCGACGCCAGAGCCUCUCAGAGCGGCGAAAAGGUGGAUCUUGCAGAAUUCUUCUUCGCCCUGGACCGGAACCUGGAGGAUGUUGACUAUUUCUACAACAAGAAGUUCUCAGACGCCUGCCGGCGCCUGAAGCUCCUUCAUGACCGCUAUGGCCAGAUGUCCGACGUGUCCGACCUGGACGUCGAUGAGACCGAAGAGCUCAUGGGGGCCCUCCUCGAGCUGCGGUCCCAGUUCAGGAAGCUGCAGUGGUUUGGUGAGAUCAACAGGCGUGGCUUCGUAAAGAUCACAAAAAAGCUCGACAAAAAGGUCCCAAACUCGGCAACCCAGCACCGCUACAUCGCCACAAAGGUCGACCCAAAACCUUUCGCAAAAGAUAACACCAUUGCGAGGCUCCUGAAUGAGAUCAACAAGUGGAUGUCCGCGGUUGGAGAUGCACAGAACGUCGAGGACAAUCGCUCAGAGAGGUCCAUCCGGUCUCUGGGGCGAGCCUCGGCCAAGGGCAUGCUCACCGUCCCCUCCGCUCUCCUGGACCAGAUGGACCAGGCCAUCCGGGACAACAACGUCGAGGCCUUGAAGACCCAUCUGAAAGACGCCAGCCUGGUCCUGUCGGAGCCGCCGGCGCAGGGCUUGUUGCACAACCUCCUGCAGAGGUCGAUUUCCGCACGCUCCAAGGAUUCCAUCGAGUUCAUACUGUCAAAUCUCAGGACCCUGGAUGAGGCAGAUGACAUCAACGAGCGGAACUGUAUCCACCGCUUGGUCAUCCACAUUGGUCGGACAAAGUCCGCCAACGCCAGGGAUUCCGAUGCUCCGGCCUACCCCUUCCCUGCCGGAAACCACUACGCGUCCCAGUACAUCACCCCAGCCGCUUCACCUUCGGCAUCCCCUGACUCUCGCCAUGUGAACGAGACGAAUCUCCUCGAUAAGAACGACGAGGCCGUACAGGUACUUAUCUACCUCCUUGACAGACUCAGUGAGGAUCAGCGGCCGGCACUGAGUACCGUAGACUCUUUUGGCCGACUUCCUCUUCAUUAUGCCGCUCAGUUUGGGUUCGUGGUGGUCUGUCAGAUCAUCAUGGCCAAGAUGCAAGAGUGGGGGCAGUUCAAUGUCGAAGACGGUAUCGAUUCUGAGGACUGGCAAGACAAAGAGGGCAACGCGCCACUCCACCUCGCUGUCAUUGGUGGCCACCCUCUUACCAUCCAGGCUCUCCUCCAGGGUGAAAACUGGCAGGGAGCUAGCGAAGACAAGAUGGCUAGGAGACGAGGCAUUUCCAAGUCCAGCGCUGUCCUGGCUAUUGCCACAAAAUCCAACUUCAAGACCAUUGUCAAGCUCCUUGUGGAGGCCGGCGUCGAUAUCAAUUGGCAGGACAGCUCGGGAGAAACAGCCCUCCACAUCGCCGCUAGGUUCGGCCAUGACGAGUGUGCUCGCAUCUUGAUGGAGGGCACCGAAGAGCAGAAGGCCAGCCUGGAGCUUGUGGAGAGGAAUUUCAACUGGACACCACUCCAUAUUGCAGCAGUCGACGGACACUUAUCCGUCGCCAAGCUACUGAUCGAAGCCGGGGCUGACGUGGACAAGAUUGAUUCUUCCGGGUGGACAGCCAGGGAACACGCUGCCCUGAGGGGGCAUCUCGCUCUUGCUGAUCUGCUCAAGGAGAACAGCCAUGUGGACGAUUCUGCUCUCGCUGCUCAAACCAACGGCGCUGGACAGUCAAGCGCCAACGGGGGCUCGCCUCCGAAGGUCGAGUCCCUUGAGGACCGUCGCUCCAAGGUAACUGCGCGUGUCGCUGAGCCGGUCAAGACGUUUGGACAUCGUUACCUCAAGGACGAGAGCCUGGUCUUGGUCAGUCUUGGCUCGAUGGACAUGAGACGGGACGUCGACGCUGUCAAGUUAGAUCGCGUGCCUCUCAACGAGGCUCACACCACACAGCUCGAUACUGCGCUGUCAGUCGUAGUAUCCGCCAAUGGUGCUCUGGGCGAGCCCACCAUCGUUGAUCUGCCCGUGCAUGAGAACAUCUCGACGGAGCCCAUUGUUUUCACAACAAAGGACGCCAGCAAAGUCAAGUUGUUGUUCGACAUUGUGCCAACCUACUCUGGCAACGAGAAGAACAAGAUCGGUAGAGCUGUGGCACUACUUUCCACUAUCCGCCCUUCUGUCGGGUCUAAGCGGAUGAACCUCCAGGGUGAUGUUUGUGUACCUGUCAUGUCGUCGAGCACCCUGGAGGUGAUCGGUACUGUCAACUUCAACUUUCUGGUCGUCACGCCUUUCUCGCACCCAAAUAUGGAGGUUACCUCUGAGCAGACGUACUGGAAGAAGUUGGCCUCCACCAUGGUCAUCGGCCACCGUGGCCUGGGCAAGAACAACACAUCCAACAAGUCCCUGCAGCUCGGCGAGAACACUGUAGAGUCGUUCAUCGCAGCCGCCAACCUGGGGGCAAAUUAUGUCGAGUUCGACGUGCAGCUGACCAAGGACCACGUCCCAGUCAUCUAUCAUGACUUCCUCGUCAGCGAGACCGGCAUCGACGCCCCAGUGCACACACUCACCCUGGAGCAGUUCCUGCACAUCAACCCGGACGCGCGCCGGCUGAAUGGCAAGGACAUGUUCAACCAGCAGCUCCGCAACAUGCGCGAGAACAACGUGCUCCCAAGGCCGAAGCAGCGGUCCAUGUCGGUAGGUUACGGCGUGGGCGAGACGCCGAACGCGGACGAGCGCAUGAAGCACACGCGGGACUUCAAGGAGAAGGGGUACAAGGGCAACUCGCGCGGCAACUUCAUCCAGGCGCCGUUCGCGACGCUCGAGGACCUCUUCCGCGACCUCCCCUCGGGCGUCGGCUUCAACAUCGAGAUGAAGUACCCGAUGCUGCACGAGAGCGAGGAGCACGAGAUGGACGCGUACGCGGUGGAGCUCAACAGCUUCUGCGACACGGUCCUGGCCAAGGUGUACGACCUGGCCAAGGACAGGCACAUCAUCUUCUCCAGCUUCAACCCGGACAUCUGCCUGUGCCUCAGCUACAAGCAGCCCAACUUCCCCAUCAUGUUCCUCACCGACGCCGGGGACGCACCCGUCGGCGACGUCAGGGCCUCGUCGCUGCAGGAGGCCAUCCGCUUCGCGAGCAGGUGGAACCUGCUGGGCAUCGUCAGCGCCUCCAGGCCCUUCACCAACAGCCCGCGGCUCGUCCGGGUCGUCAAGCAGCACGGCCUGGUGUGCGUCAGCUACGGCGUGGAGAACAACGACCCGCGCUUGGUACAGCGCCAAGUAAAGGAAGGCAUAGACGCAGUCAUCGUCGACAGCGUGCUCGCCAUCCGCCAGGGCCUGACCGAGUCCGAGGGCCAGCUGCCGGGCGCCGUGGCCGAGGACGACAGCGCCGUGGUGAUGGGCGCGCAGCCGCUGGGCGGGGGCGUGAAGGUGGCGAAUUAGAGGGGAGGCGAUGUGGGAUAGAGUCCGUGCGAAGGGCUGACAAAAGCAAGCCUUGACGACACGGAACGACUGUAGAUCAUAAAAGCCGGAGCAUUUGGGGUGCAGGGGGGCGGGAGGCUGCUCGUGUGUGCAAACAAGCCCGGUGAAAAGUGCAUAGAGACAGACAGACGACAACAGAUCCUUGGACAGGACCACCAACACCUCUUCUCUUGAAGCGAGGAGGGGAGGGCGCGGUCCUGCGGCUGGGGUGUUACAACAGGACCCAGCAGCGAGCGGGUGGCAUUCAUUUGAUGGCGUUGAGGGCGGACAAGGCAUAUUCAUGUUACAUACACACACGGCGAGGGCCAGCAGGUGGGAAGCGUGCACUAAUUGUAUGCUUUCUACUGAGUGGACUGGCCCGGAUGUUGUGAAAAAAGUUAUAGCAGCGGGCGGAUGACGCCUCGCAUGGGGUUAUAGAAACCCCCCAUGAAUGAAUGGAAUAUUUUCGGGCG